ACUAAGCGCCCAGUCCUUCGCAGUCUCCAAUAUGGCGGACGAAUGCCGGUCUGUGCUCUUUGUCUGUUUAGGAAAUAUCUGCCGUUCUCCCACAUCUGAGGCCAUUCUUAGACAUCUGCUUGCUCAAAAAGGACUUGAUAAACAGUGGAAGUUAGACAGCGCUGCAAUUGGGCCAUGGCAUGUUGGAAAACGACCUGAUAGGAGAGGUCUGGCUAUCCAGAAGCGAGAAGGCGUUCCAAACACUCACCGCGCGCGACAGGUUUGCGAGGAGGAUUUCAGAGAAUUCGGGUUGAUUUUAGCCUUCGAUGAUGAAAACGUACAAGAUCUUGAGCAAGUUAGGCCGAAGGACGGGACGGCGAAAGUUGAGUUGUUUGGGAAAUACGACCCAGACGGAGUCACUAUUAUAGAAGACCCAUAUUAUGGCGAUGAAGACGACUUUGAAGUUAUGUACAAGCACUGUUACCGCUGCUGUCAAGAGUUCCUGAAAAAGAACUGCUCUGCCUAAAACCAGAGUGUGUGAUGUUUGUGGAAAGAUAAACAUUGCUUUCAAAAAUAUUAGCUUUGGGAUGUGAAUUUUUUUUUUGGUGUUGGAUGGCAGAGGGAUGUGAGAAGCCAAUCUAUUAGUUUUCUGCGCAAUAGAUUCUUUUAUACCAUAAGGACAUGGUACCUAUAUAUCGCCUACUAAACACAAUUGAAUCUUAGGUUUUACAGCUAGAAAUCACUGACUAUUAAACAUAAUAAUUCCACCUAAAUAACGAAAAUUUGGCAGUUAAAUUCGGGAGAAAACAAUCGUUAGCAAGAAGUGUUGUGAAGCCCUAAUAUCGGAUGCUCUUACCUAUUAUCGUACACAGCAGAUUUCUUCGCAAAAAAAAAGGAAAAAUAAUGCUUCAUUUAAAUACUGCAGACAAUAAUUGUUGACGAAUGUACUUUACAAUGUCAUGGUAGAAUUUAGUUUGAGACUCUUUCUCUGCUGUAGCAAGCGAUUCAAAACACAUGCAUGGCACGCAUGACAAACUGCAUGGCGAAAUGUGCUUUCACUUGGCGAUUCCUCAAAUUUACGUUGAGUUGUUCGGCAUUUGCUAGGCUGUCUGAUAAUAGGGCACCGAGGCUAGCUACAAGCAACUCGAGCUAUCCUGGUGUGUCUACGGAAACAGUGCCCAAAUAGCAUCCUGUGAGAUCAACAACAAAAUGGCGGAUUCAUCACGAUCAGUAAAUCAUGGCUUAUUUACGACUCCUCGCGUAUUAAAGUCAAAGAGAAGAUUUCAGUCCCCAUUUUGCGAUGCAUGAGAGUAAAUUAUUUCUAGUUUUGCGAAACAAACACCCAUUAAAAGCUUCGCAAUACAUGUUUUCUGAACGUUGUUUCUUCGACUUGAUGGGUCAUUUUUCUGUGUGUUUUCCUAUUGUUUGAGAUAUUUAGGAUUUUUUUCGAGUGUCCGAUAAUAGGGCACUGUCCGAUAAUAGGUACCACUACCUUUGAGAUUUUGACUAAUCAAACAUAGUUUAUGAAACCAUUUUUUUCUGGGUCUCAAAAGUAUAGAAGAACUGUGCAGAUAAACUUCCUUUUAUGAGAAUAAAUGAGCCCCCUCAUGUAA